UGAAAUGUUCUGACAUACGUUAGGUUUAACAGUUGAUUUAAAUUGGUGUCAAAAGAUGUAUUAAAGUAUAUAUUGAAACAAAGCUAAGAUCCCAAGCUUUCCAUUGAUGUAAUAAUUUUUAAAAUCGGACAUUUAUUCCUUUUAAAAAGGGCUUAAUUCGUAAGAUAUAUCGAUUUUACUUGAAGAUAACGGAAGCAAAACGCAUUUUUAAAUGGAUAUACCUCGGUUAUUUACGUAGUUCAUAACAAAAGUGUUUAUGGGUGUAUUUGUUUGGAUUUAUUAGAUUGGUACCAGUUUAUCUUUCCAAAUUUUGAUAUACUGCAGAACAAUUACAAGAAAGACAGCAAUGUUAGAUCACUAGAAGUUACUGGAUUAAUGUAAAUGGCUUCUAAGGAAAACAUAUACUUUCUACGUUCCUUUUUACUGCUUAUUGAAGGUGGCUUAUAUAUUUCAAAAGAAAUUCUAACUAGAGAAUGUCAAAAGCCUGAUACUGACCUAGAUGAAUUGCUACAAAAAAAUAAACAGAAACUUAAACAUUCAUUUCACGUUAAUCAAUACAGGAAAUUGUAUCCGGAGUCUGAUAAAACUGAUAUCAAGAAUUGGGACUUGCAGCUGUCAGUUGGUGUUUUGAUAAAUGUGUUUGGGAGAGACCUUAAAUCGGGUGAAAAGGUCAAGCUUAAACUGUUAAGAGAUUUAAGAAAUGAUAUUUAUAUGCACUGCACUACUGCUGCUCUAGAUGAAAGCAAAUAUGAAGACAUAGUAGAAGACUUAGGUGACAUCAUUACAACAUUAGCGUCAACGUUUGAUAUAUCAGUACAACAACGUUGUUCUAACUGCAUCAAGCAGUUUACUUCCGGACCAUUAGAUGCCGUAAGACCAUCUUUACAGACCUUGAAUGGGUUUAGCCAGUCGUAUCAAAGGACGUUCCAAGUUGGUGUGCAAACAGAAUUGGUUAUCUGUGGUCCUUCUUCAAACUGGAUAACUCUUUGUGAACAAACUCUUGAGACAAUAUUCAAUCAUGCUGAAAGCAUGGCAAGUGAAGAUGGUGGAUUUCAAGAAAUCCAAGAAAAUGUUAAAAGAAUGCUUAGCUAUUUGGAAAGCAAUAAAGCUGCUGUAUUCAAAGGAUGCGAAAGAAAAUGCAUUAUCCUGUUUUUUGAGUGCAAGGACUAUGAAAGUUUCCUGAACUUUCUUCAUAAGGUAGAAUGUCAGGAAUACACAUGCUAUUUAGGGGACUUAUCGAGUUCCCUUCAUAGCUUCUUUAAGCCAAGAAAUCCGAUAUCUAUCACAUCCAAAGUAACAUCAGAAAGUUUGCAAUCGGUAUUGAUUGAUAUUAUUAAAAGUCUAUCUAAUGAAAAGGAAGAACAACGCCAAGUUGUUGAAAUAUCAUCUGAAGAAAGUAUCCAUGACAACAUGGCAAUGGCAUCACGUGAUGUUAAUAAAGAAACGAAGCCGAUUAAACAAAGCGAAACCACUCUGUUGUUGCAUCUGGAAUUAAUACAUUGGGAAGCUUUACCAAAAAUGCUACAAUCAUUCCAAGGAAAGCAAUUUUCAGAUAGCUUGACGAAGGUUGCAGGCUCACUUUCACAUCAUUAUGGGGGCGAAAUUACUCUCAAAGCAUCUAUGAAUGUCGGUGCUGUACUGGAGGCUUUAGAAGAAUCAGUGUCCAAUGAAGUUACAGUAGAUAGUCUUAGAGCGACUAAAAAGUCGGAGAGCAUCUAUGCGAAGAUACCAAAAGAGAACGAUUUUCCCUUAUUGCCAGGAACUCUGGAAGAAGGAGAAGCAUAUUUAGUAACUGACCAAAAGGAGCUGGAAGACGGAAAAACCAGUAACAUGGAAACGGAAUCAGAAGAUUCGGAAUAUAACAAUCCUGUACAUCAUUCGGAAGCAGUACAAACAGGAUCAGAUACGCCGCAAAAAGAUACACAAACAUCUAGCUGGAAGCUAUCGGGCACCGCUAAGAAAGGAAGACGACAUACUAUAGAUAUGGGGUUUGAAAAACCUGCAUCACAGUACUCAAAAGCAAAAGUUAAAGAAACAUCUAGCUUGGAGAUAUUGGGACCCUCUAAGAAAGGUUUGCGGCAUACUAUAGAUAUGGGAAAACCUGCAUCACAACACUCAAAAGCAAAAGAUCGAGAAACAUCUAGCUUAAAGCUAUUUGGUCACAUACAGAAAGAGAGGCGACAUAUAAUAGAUAUAGGGUUCGGAAAACCCAAACCUGCAUUACAGCACACAAAAGGCAAAGGUACAAUGGCGGACACAAGAGUAUCAGCAGAUAUAAGUGUUGAUGUGAUGAUUAAACAAUUUGAUUGCAAACAUAUCGGUUACUUAUCACAAGAAAGGAAAUUUUUGGCUAUCAAUAAAUGGAAUAUGAAAUUUUUCAUCAUCUCAAAAGGAACUAGACACGACAGUGUAUGGAACAUUCAUUGCUUUGAUGAUAGUUCAGCAAGAAAGCAAGUGUGGUCAAUAUCGAUGCUGGAAGUAGAACGCAUCCUGGAAUUCAACAAGGGCAUAGUGGGGAUAAGAAUCAUAUUAAGUGAUCACAAGACACCGGCGCUGAUACUAAAAUGUGAUACUGCAAAGAGUAGAGAGACAUGGUUAAGGAUGUUGAAAGAGGCACAUGAGGAAAGUCUGUCGUCAUUUGCCGUCAGGAUUUGUGGCAAAGAAAGUACUGUUCACAGCGACAGUGGCUUUGGAAGCGGAGGGUCAGACACAAGCAAAAACUUGAGAGAAUCAGAAAGAACAUCUACAAUGAAUAUAGAUGACUAUGGGUAUUCACAUGUUGAACAUGUAUUUGCGGCAAAAGGGAAUGGUAGUAGACAUAGAAUACCUGUCAGUUCAAAUAAGAACGAUCCAAUUCAUAUUGAUAUUGGUGCUGUCGGAAUGCAAAGUCAUGCACAGUCUGCAUCUUUCGCAUCCAUAAAGAGCGGAGAAAGAGAAUCAGUUGAAGAUGCAUUGUCCAUGGUGUCGAUAAGAUCACAUGACAGAGAAAUGUUAAAUUUGAAUGAAAAUGUCUCGUGUUUAAAUAAAGGUCGAUGUAGGAAAAGAAGCAGCAGCAGUGGUAGUAGUGGGAGCGAAUCAACUCCCUAUGAUACACCGGCUCCUUUAACAGAGAACUUUGAAGAAAAUGAGUACCUCUACACUGAAAAUCAUUUUGAUAAGAACAUCAUGAAUGGCGUACCCAUUGGAACAUUCCUGAUUCAAAUGAGAACAAAAUCUAUGGGAUAUAGAUUGCAUGUUAUGACACCAAAAGGGGCUAUGUGUUUUAAAAUAUACGAGCAG